GGGCCCGCGAGCAGGAAGAGGAAGUGCGAGGAGCUGCGCCGGCCGCUCCCCACCGCGGCGAGGCGCCUCCCAGUCCCGCUCUGGCUGCCUCCCCAGCAAUUGCAGAAGCGCCGCCAAGUCCGCCGCUCCUUUCCCGAAGGGUUGGCGAGGCGCAAACUUUUCUCCGCGCUGCCAUGCAUCGCAUCGGGAGCGGCUCCUCGGCCGCCUCUCUGCUCGGGCUCUAAGAGGGCGUCGCAAAGGGAGGCGAGCAGACCGGGAAGGGAGACCAGCCGGUGCCGAAGUCCUCCUGGGAAACCUCCCGACCGUUAUUCGAGGUGAUCUUGCCAGGUGCUGCGAUGGGUUGCGGACUCAACAAGUUGGAAAAACAAGAUGAAAAACGUCCUGGUAACAUCUAUUCAACUCUGAAGAGGCCCCAAGUGGAAACCAAAAUAGAUAUUUUCUAUGAAUAUCAUUUCCUGGAAUUUACAACUUUAAGUAAUGCUGAGUUACCGGGAUCAUCUGCGGUCAGGCUUUCUUCCUUGCGUGAUCUUCCAGCUCAGCUGCAAGAACUGUACCAGCAGGGCUUCCUCUUGGCUGCUGUCCAUCCCUUUGUGCAGCCAACUAACGAGAAUGAAAGGACUCUCCAGGAACAAAUCUUCAGGGCUGUGCUGAUUAAGAAAACAGAAAGAUCACUGAAAAAUGAUGCCAUUAAUGAAGGGACUACUUUAGAGAUAGAAAGCUGCUUCUCUUCCGAUCAUCUUCCAGAUAAAUCAAAGAUGCCAGAUCUCAUUAAGAAAAUUCAAGAUGCAGCAAGUCGUGGCAUGAGGUUUGUUGGAAUAAUACCUCAGUACACUUCCCAGAUGAGCUCUAAGAGCAGCAGUGCUAUAAUAUCCAGCAGCAACAGCUCGAGAGAACUAAGAGGUGACAAAACUCCAUCAGACUUUCCUGAGCAUUGUGCUUUGUUGGAUCAUGAAAAAGAUGGCACUAAUGGAAAUGAAGUCCCCAAAGCAGCAAGUGAGGAAGAUGUUGGCCAGUGUGUAAACCCUAGUGAAGAUCUGGGAGGUGAAGGGCAGGUUACUGAACAUCUCAGUUUAAGCUCUGCUGAAGAAAAUGGAGGGCAGCUACAAGAAACCGAGAUCUUUGCUGUCUUCAACAAGCCAAAGACUUUGCAGAGAUCCAGCCAGUACUACACUGUAACAGUCCCUAUGAGAGUGUUCAGCAAUGGCCAGACUAUUUGCAGCUUAGAAGCUAGUUGGCUGGAGCACAUGACGGAUCACUUCCGGAAAGGGAGCACAUUGGUGAAUGCCAUCUUCAGUCUUGGAAUAGUAAAUGAUUCCUUCCAGGGUCUGACAGAGGGAAUGUUCAUCUUUGAAGAUCUUUCUCUGGAAGACAGCAAAAGUAUACAAGGCUAUGAUGCUAUUGUUGUUGAACAAUGGACUGUCCUGAAUGGGACUCGAGUGCAGACAGAUUACAUUCCCCUGUUGAACUCUCUUGCCGUAUAUGGCUGGCAGCUGACCUGUGUGCUUCCUACACCGGUUGUAAAGACCAACAGGGAUGGAAAUUUAGCCACUAAGCAGAUUGUCUUUCUUCAGAGACCCUUCCUACCCCAGAAAAUCAAGAAGAAACAAUCUAAGUUUCAUUGGAGGUUCUCCAAAGAAGAAAGGUACCACAAGCAAGCCAAGAAAUCUCUGAAGGCAAAACAAAGUGCCAGAGAGCAGCAGACAGUAGAAGAAAAGCAAAGCUUGGAAGUCACAGAGAACACAAGGAAUACAGAAUCAUGGUUCUGCCCCACUGAAGGCAGUUUGCAGUUCCCAGUCAUCUCAGAUCAGGAGCUGGAUGAUGUUGAAGUUGGAACGGAAGCUCUUGGACAUGAAGAUGUGCCCAGCUAUGAGAAUGUGGUCUCUGAAGAACAAUUGAAUGCCAGUCACAAAGCUGAUCAACACAUAGGAGACUUGUGUUUGGAUCAGAAUGGCCAAUAUAACUGUGAGGACCCAAUGUUCCAAGAGCAUUGCAGUCUGGAUGGCAGUGAUUGGAACUGUUCCACCGAACCAAUAGAAAGUUGCUUUGACAGUCCAGAGAACUGAGGGCAACGGUUUGCCAAAGCAACCCGUUUUGAUUAUCACUGUUGAAAAUCAUUGAACUUGUGGGUUUUAUAAGUACAUAGCAUAAAUAUAGUAGUGUUACUUUUUGAACUUUGAAUUGUAUACAAACUUAUGCAAUCUUUGUUAUUCAAGAAAAUCCAUCAGUAUUGAAAUUUGUUUUUAGUUGCUUUUUAAACCAACAGAAGUAUGUCCUGUACUACGUUCACUUUUAGAAUCAGAAUAUCAUUGAUGCGUGUGUCAUGUUUUUAUUUAGUUUUGUCGAAUGGAAUUCAGCUUUAAAGAAGUGGCUAUAACUGUAUUUCUCGUAAAUGAUUCUAUUUGUAUUACCUUUCAAAUUACCUAUCUCUUGCAAAUAUCUAAAGCAAUAAUGACAACAUGCGUUUUGUCAGGAAACCACUAGUGGCAGACAACAGCCAUUGUCUGUUUGCCCAGGAACCUAUUUCAUAUACAACUAUCACUUGAUCAGGAUUAUGUUCUGGAUGAAGCUGCCAGUCACGUUACCACAGUAUUUCCUGGCGGUCAAAGGGAGACUGUCAUACAGAAUGAAGAAUAACUGUUUGGUUUGUCUAUAUUUCUUGAAAAGUUAGACACUGGAACAUUUUUGAAGAUUGCUGGUGAGUUCUCACUGAAAAAUUUCUACAUCAACGAUAGGGCAGCACAAUCUAGGAAUCCCCCUCUGGUGGUGGUGCAAGCUUACACUGGCAAAUUUGCCCUUUCCCGGGCAGUUGUACCAGCAGAGGGGCAAACCCACCAGCACCCGGCUGCAGAAGGGCCCUGGAAUACCUGGCCACAGUGCCUACCUCCUCACUUGCGCUGCCCAGAGUUAUCCUGGCAUCCUGGGGGGCAGGGACAGCCUUAGGCAGCCUCCAGAGCCCUCAGUCCCUGAGGGUUGUUAGUGGAGAUACACACAAUUUUCACAGUAUAUUAAUAUUCUUCUCUAUGAUGGAGUUGCAGGUGGGGGGGGGGUUGUACCUUUUUGGAUUUCCUGCUCUGCGGGAAAGCCCUUUGAAGCGGGCAGAGCUGUAUCCAAGUGGCACAGUCUCCACCUGCCCGACAACUCUGAAUUGAGCUGUCAGCCAGUAGUAGGUGAAUAGAAGCCACUGUAGUCUUGUGGAUAUGUGUGUGAGUGUAAAGUCCUGUCAAUUUACAGCCAACUUACGGCGACCUCAUAGGGUUUGCAGAGAUGGUUUGCCAUUGACUUCCUCUGCAUUGUCUUCCUUGGUGGUCUCCUUCUCAAGAACCAACGUGCUUAGCUUCCAAGAUCAGACCAGAUCGGGUAUGCCAUGUCUCCUUUCCUUCCACUAUGGCCCUAAAAUACACCAGUUAAUCAGCAGAUUCACUUGCACACACAUUUAUCUGAUGUACAAUAAUUGUUCUUAUUUUGAAAGUAUAUUACUCUUUACAAUAAAACUUGUGUAAUUUGAAUUUGUAAAGCUUUCAAAUGUCCUUAAAUUCUUAAACACUUCUUAAUACACAUUCUGUAGUUCCUUCCCUCAUUACUAGGCAACCCCCACUUGGGUCUGCAUUUGGGCAAUGUUUAGAAUCUGUAAAGUGUUUUAAAAAUGCCUUUUGUCCUUGCACAAAUUGGAACUCUGAGCCUAUAAACAAUAUAGCCUCUUUUCCCUACUGGCUGAUGUAUGUCUGAUAGUUCCCAUUAGUUUUUCUGUAAAGUAUUUUGACUCAAUAAAAUGUGGUCUCUAGGUGCUCAUCA